AUGAUUUUAUACCUUGAAGAUUCACCUGAUCCACAUGGAUUGAUUAUAGCAAAGAAUAGUCUGAUAUUAAAAGAUUGGAUGAAAGUUGAUGAAAUUAAAAAAGUUGAAAUCGAUAUGUCUAAAUGUGGUCGAGAUGAUAAUGCAACAGAAACUUUAUCACGAAUGAUAGACAAGUAUGAAUCGGAAAAUCAAAAAAAACUGAAAGCACAGCAAUCUAAUGUUAUCACCAGACUCAUAAGGCCAGUUAUGCGAUAUAUGAAUAUUUCUUUCAACAGUCAAAAUGAAACAGGGUAUCAAGAUCGAUAUAACAAUGCGCUCGAAAGAUUAUAUACCUUACGUGGUUUACUCUUGUAUCAUCGUGGAAAAUACAAGGAGGCUAUCAGUGAUUUUAACAUGUCAUUAACAUAUAAUCCAAGUAAUAUAGAAAUACGAUUCUAUACGUUAUUUGCAAAUAUUAUGCUCGAUGAAGAUGCAGAAGCAUAUGUGUAUGUACAGAAAGUUCUGAAAAAGUUAGAAGCAGACCCCACACACAACAAAAAUCCAUGGGUAUUGGCAACAUCGAGCGAUUAUUCUGAUAUAAUUCGACAAAAAGAUUACAAGCGCGUAGUGCCACCAUCACAACUAUUUACGGAUGUAUGGCCAACUCAUCUGGAAUUCGCCGAGUUGAGUAAUAUUGCUUAUUGUAAAGAUCGUUUGACUUCACUUCCUCAUUGGUCUUUUAUCGAUGAAUUUAAUGACACAGAUAAAACCGGCUACUAUAGUAUAGCAGUUCAACAUAAUGAAACAAAAGAGAUGGUCAUUGCUCAUCGAGGGACGACUUUUGAUGUUAAUAAUGCUUCACUUCUUGCUGAUUUUGAUCUGUUUAGUCUCAAGAUCCCAGAACAAUUUCAAGUGGCGCAACAAUUCACUAAUAAAAUCCGACAACAAAUAGAUCCAAAACGCAUUCUAUGGCAUACUGGUCAUUCACUGGGUGGGGCUAUUGCGGAAUUUAUUGUGGCUAAUGAAACAUUGUUCAAGCAGGAAUCUCUUUCGUUUGCUGUUACAUUCGAUAGUCCUGGUAUUAGGGAACUUCUUAAAGACCAUCGUCGUCGUUCAAAGAUAGAACAGAGCUUACCAAAAUCAAAUGAGUUUCGUGUAAUCGGUUACUUGUCUGUACCAAAUAUAGUCAAUACAAUGGGCACGCAUAUUGGUCUCACUCUUCGUCUAUCUCCAGAUCCACCUUUACCCGCACAAUAUCACCCACUUGCACAAAUCGUUUAUACUCACGUGACGGCACAAUUUAAUCACUUAAAAGGAAUUUUAGAUGCCUUAGUCGCAGAAGCAAAUAAACAAUUGCAUUGGCACAGUAUACGAACAAUAAUCGAAUGUUUUAAAUCAUGGCCGAAUAAGAGUGGUCUCCCAACGAUUCUAAAAUCCGUUAUUAAAUGGCCUAAAGGUGUUCAGAAACUAGUUUGCUUUCUCAGUUUAGCUUCUCAACAUAAUUUAACAACAUUGGAUGUCACGUACGAUCUGAAUAAAGAUCAUAAAGCUUUAGAUGAUUUUGAAAGCUGCAAUUAUCAUGUAAUCGAUAGUCGUAUAGAUUUAUUUUUUGGACUACCAUUAGAAUUAUGGAAUUCUAAAGCACAAUGUUUUCUGGAACAAUUCAUCAAUCAUGAUUUUAAAAACAAAAAUGUGACAAUCCGAUACAAUCAUGAUUGUGAACUAGUCAAAUUCGUGGGUGUCGAUAAUAUGCAAAUUAUUUUGAAUAUUCUGCAUUGGAAAACUAACCAUAUUUAUCCCGAUAUGAAAAUGAUUGGUUUUAAUAAAUCUGCAAUUCCAAUCUAUAAUGAACAAAUAUACAAAAUUAACAUUUUAAACAUUUACAAAUUGUUUUCUCUUGUCAAUUUAGACAAUUGUGUAUUGUCUAUUGUUGAUAGUCCGAAGUGA